AUGGCCAGUGGAACCUCCAGCGACCUGGACACGAGUCGCAUCAAAGACUGGCGCUCGAUACUGACGCUGAUUGUCUUCGUUCUCACCAACGUGCUGGUGCUCUUCCCGAUUGCCAUACCGUUCUGGAUACCUCGAAGUCUCCGUAAUAUUACCUUGAGCACUCUUGCUAGGCUUCGGAUCAUACCUCCCCCUUCAAGGCCGGACUCGAUCGAAUGGCAGGAAGACGGCACAGUCAAAUCGCCCGACUUUUUCAUCCGCUAUUCGUUUCCCAUCAACUUCGUGACUGCGCCGUUGAUCGCGGAUCUCUUUCUCCUGGCUACCCUCUCUAUUGGCCGGGAAGAGGUUCAUGAUGGCACCGUGGGCUCUGACGGUAUAUCUCCCAUCGAUAUCAUGGCGUUCUUCAUAACACUUGCGUACAUUGCGAUAUCUAUAGAUGCGAGCGGGCUCAUUCGAUACCUGGCCUUCAAGGUUCUUCAAAAAGGUGGUGAGAAGGGCCAGCUCCUGUUCUGCUAUCUUUACGUCUUCUUCUUUGGACUCGCGGGCUUCAUCGGCAAUGACCCUAUCAUUCUGUCCGGGACAGCGUUCCUUGCCUACAUGACGAGAGUCUCGGAGAACAUUGAACACCCGCGAGCAUGGAUCCACACUCAGUUCGCUGUUGCUAACAUAGGAUCAGCCAUCCUUGUGUCUUCCAAUCCCACCAACCUUGUCAUAGCCGGAGCUUUCGGCAUCAAAUUCAUCGUCUACACGGCGAACAUGAUCGUUCCAGUCAUCACUACAGCCUUGCUUAUGCUACCAUUCCUGCUCUACGUGGUAUUUCCAUACGAGAGCCUGAUCCCACAAUCCAUCAAACUCCAUGAGCUUCCAGCAGAAGCGAGGGACAAGCAACCCGUCAAUCCCAAUAUUCCAUUCGCCAGAGGCAAAGAUGAAGAAGAGGAGCAAGAAGGUCAAGGGCAGGGCGUGUCGCUAGAAGAGGUCAUGAAUCCUUUUCUUGACAAGAAAGGUGCUGGUGUAGGCGCAGCUAUCAUGGCUGUGACUUUAAUCACCAUCCUUGUGCUGAACGCCGUCGACAAUAGCCAUGGCCAUACUAAUCCAGUUUUCUGGGUCACCGCACCAGCGGCUUUCAUCCUGCUCUGCUGGGAUAUCGCAACCGGCUGGCGUGGCCGGCACGAAACCCGCGAGAUCGCUCGCGAAGGUCGACAGGCUUUCGAAGAAGCACGAGCGCAAAGACGAGCAAGUCUGGCUGUUGGUCUGGGGACUGAUCCGGACUCCAUGGAGCUGAACCGACUGCCAACUGUCACGCUCAGUCAGUCUCCAGGUGACGGGUCUGAACAGCAUAGAGCGAGUGCCGAUGCAAGCGGAAGCGACUAUGCAGUUGCAAUAUCACCAAACAGCAGCAUAGACACCAGCCCACGGCAAAGCGAGCAAAUCCAACGUCUCCCCGAGACUGAAAGCGAAAAGGGCCCUUUCUCUGCCGUCCACAUCUCAGAGUGCCGACAAGAAGAUCACAAACGCAUGACUUUGGUGUCUCUCCUACAAAACCGACUGCGAUGGUCGCAAGAAACGUUCCCGUCCUUCAUGGCGGUCUGCAGUCACUUGCCAUUUGCGCUGAUACCGUUCGGCUUCUGCAUGUUUGUUCUGGUGCAGGGGCUUGCUUCUCGCGGCUGGGUUAGCGUUUUUGCGUAUGGGUGGGAUCAUUGGGUCAGGAAGACGGGGACGGUAGGCGCCAUCGGAGGAAUGGCAUUCUUGAGCGUCAUCAUGUGUAACUUUGCAGGGACUAACAUCGGCACCUCGAUCCUGCUGUGUCGGGUCGUGCAGGCAUGGCUUGAUAUCAACAAGCAUGCUGUACAGAACGGCAACGCCAACCCCAUAACAAAUCGAGAGUUCUGGGGUACGGUGUACAGUAUGGCAGUUGGUGUCAAUUACGGUGCUUUCUCGACUGCAUUCAGCGCAUCUCUUGCAGGUAUGCUCUGGCGCGAUAUCCUCCAGCGGAAGUACAUUCACGUUCAGGGUCUGGAGUUUUGCAGAGUCAACCUUAGAAUCAUCGCCGCUGCAAUGGUGAUUGGCACCACAGUCCUUAUCGGCGAGAUCUAUGUGAUCAGAAGUACGGAACCAUUUCGCGGGCUAGAGGAUAGCUGA